UCUUGAGACACAAACUGUUCUCUCCUCUGUUCACUGCUGAUCUGACUCUCUCAGUUCAACUGGACAAACUCCUCCGUUCCUUCAUCAGUCUACUCGACUCUCUCUCUCUCUCUCUCUCUCUCUGCUGAGAAUCUGAAUCUCUCUCGACCUCGGUUGGGCUUUGGACGCUUGUAGUUGUACCGCAGGACUCAAACUGGUGACUAAACGGCCGAAAAACAACUGGAAGAACCUUUACAACCACAUCACAAGCGAACUUCUGCUGCCACUGGCUGCUGAGGAUCAGUGGAAGGGGAAGAGGUGCCUUGCUCAGCGGGACUUCAACAGCAGCUGCUGAGGAAGACGAGAGCACCAACUUAUCCAGUAGUUCUGCGGCUCCCUGCCUCUGCAUCUUAAAACAGGUGAGUCUGGUGCCUGAGUCCUGCUGAGAGAUCAUCGUUUGGGAAGUGAAAAAACAAAAUCUGUGCUGAUCUAUAAUUGGUCAUGGCCGACUGGAGCCUACUGGGAAACUUCCUGGAGGAAGUACAGGAGCAUUCUACCUCUGUUGGCAAGGUGUGGCUGACCAUCCUGUUUAUCUUCCGCAUCCUGGUACUGGGAACGGCCGCUGAGUCGUCCUGGGGAGAUGAACAGGAGGAUUUCAGCUGCGACACUGAACAGCCAGGAUGCGAGAACGUCUGCUACGACCGAGCGUUCCCCAUCGCACACAUACGAUACUGGGUGCUCCAGAUCGUGUUUGUGUCCACGCCCAGUCUCAUCUACAUGGGCCACGCUAUGCACACUGUCCGCAGAGAGGAGAAGAGGAGGACCAGGGCGGAGGAGGAGGAAGAUGAAAGUGAUGGAGACGAGGACCCGGGAGGGGGUGAAGAAGGAGGAAGGGAGAAACACAGGGGUCGACGAGAGAAGGACGACGAUAAGGACAAGACAGACGCUCCGCUGGCGGGUCGAGUUCGUCUGAGGGGAGCGCUGCUGCAGACGUACAUACUGAGUAUUCUGAUACGAACCAUCAUGGAGGUGGUGUUUCUGUCUCUCCAGUACUUCUUGUAUGGAAUCUUCCUCCAUCCUCUGUAUGUCUGCAGGGCGUGGCCAUGUCCUCACCCUGUGAACUGUUACGUGUCCAGACCGACAGAGAAGAACGUCUUCAUCGUGUUCAUGCUGGCGGUGUCGGCCGUCUCUCUGGCCCUCAGCGUGCUGGAGCUGCAUCACCUGGCGUGGAGACACUGCUGCAGGCAGAUGUACUACGCGAGGAAGGCCAUCACUCCAGCUAAGACCUCUCUGGCCCAACAGCUCUCUCUGUCUCCUCCACCGCCGUCACCCCCUCUUCCAGCCUUCUCCCAGUGUAUGAUUGGCUCCUCUCACUUCCUGCCGAUGCCCUUCCCAACCCACCGCCUGGCCAACCAACAGAACUCAGAGAACAUGGCCACGGAGAAGAACAAAAUAGCUGCCGCAGUGGAGGAGGUGAACCUGCUCCAGAUGAGCUGCUACUCGCCCGGGUGGCAGACGGCGAGUAUACCUCAGAGCCAAGAUGGAGGGUACCUGAGGGCCGACACUGACUGCUACGGCCCCGGGAGCAGGGACAUGAGCUGCCCUCCGACACAGAGCGGCGGACCGGAGGGGCUGCUGCUCUGUUCCAACGGAGGGCUCUGUCAGAAAGACAAACGCAGGUUCAGUAAAGCCAGCGGAACAAGCAGCCGGAGAGCGGACGACCUCUCCGUUUAGAAAACAACAACAGAAACAGACAAAUUCAACUACUCAUAAACCAACAGAUAUAUUUUACCCUUUUUAACCUGCUACCAUGCUCAUCAUACACUAGCUUCUCAUCCAAAACAGCUGGAAGAGUCACAACCUUCCUGUUUCACCAUGAACAUUAAUUCUGUCUGUUUGCUUGAAGUUUUUUUUGUUUUAUCUCCGCUGACGUUCAAAUGAGUGAAACUUCACCCUGAGACUAUUGGACCUCGUGCUGCCAUUUAAGUCCGAGACAAACCUGAAAACAAACAGAAAACUACAGAUGUUUGACCAAAGAAACAUCAAGAUUGUUUCUAACAAUGUGCACAGACUUGGACAAACUGGGAAAUCUGAAAAUCAACUGGGUGAGAUCCUGGAUGGAGACUGUGGACAAGAUGAGACACAAUUCCUCCUUCUUCUUCACUCAAAUGUCGUCAUUGGGAAACACACAAGUGACUGAAUCUGAAGACCUAGGUUUUGAACAUGUAUAUCACACACAGUGUUUGACUUGAUCUGCUCAUUGUCGGCACCAGCAGAGCCAGACUGGGUCAGACCCGGUCCAACUGAAACCAGAUCUCCAGUGUUAAAGAACCACAGAAAACUCUAAUGUCAGUAAGUUGGUCAUUACAGAAAAGAGAGUUAAACUGGGCUGUAAUCACGAUGCUCUCAACCUUCAGGUGCUGUGGUUAACCUGAUAUUUCACUGAAGCAAACCUGCUCUGCUGCAUCAUUUACCUGAGAAGAGUCAUAUGAUUCAUGAGAAAGGCUUCUUGACACAUGUUAAUAUCUUGAGUUAUGUCCUCAUCACAAUUUAAGUAAAACCAAUUAAAUGUUUAAAGGAUUUUCCAGAGUCAUUGCUGGUGUUGUAAAGCAAACUGUUAUAUUUCUUGGCUGUUCUGUUAAAUCUGAUUGUUUUACUGCUGAUGAAACUUAACAAUUGAGCCUCAAGACAUUGUUUGACCCAUGUGAGCUGGGAAAUGACACAGCACCGAGGAACGGGCAGAAAUCGGACUGUUGACGGUCAGCGCUGACUAAUUUAAAGUUCUCCAGUGAAGCAACAGGAACUCAAGUGACUUUUAACAGCGCUCGCCAUCAGAGAAGAGAUUUAUAACUUUUUACAUCAUAGUAUUAUCAUUUUUCAGCCCCACUGGAUCAGUGGAUAUGAAUAUGAAUCACACAAACUAUAACAUUCGUUCAGUUUUUAAGAGGUGUUCAAAUUCCGUGUGUAUGUGCGACGUUGUUUUGUGACAGUUCUGAUGAUAACAGUGAAUUUCUUCUUUACUGUCCUAUGGUCAUUUCUCAUUAUGUCACCGAACACAUCACUGAAGAACAGGAAACUACAACCUACAGGCUGAAAUGUAGGUUUUCUGAUUUGUUUUCAUGUUGCAAUAUUUACAAGAACUUUAUUACUAUGAAUCAUGACUUCAAAUCGUUGGGUAUUUCCUAUAUUGUGGUUUUAUAUUUAUUGUUCUACUCAUAUAAUGAGAAUGUGUUUGUGUUUAAAAAGCUUUGCAGAUAAAGUAAUA